AGGAUGGCCAGGGUACGGAAGGGGACCCCGGCGGCUGCUCCUGCGCCCCGGUGGCUCCCGCGGCUUUUCCUCCUGCUGCUGUCCUCUCUUUCCGCAGCUGCCACUUCUCCCGAGCCGGAGGCGGGCUUCAGCCUCCACCCGCCCUAUUUCAACCUGGCCGAGGCGGCUAGGAUCUCAGCCACUGCCACCUGCGGGGAAGAGCCCGGGGGCGCGAGGCCCCGGCCCGAGCUCUACUGCAAGCUGGUGGGGGGCCCCAUCGCCUCCACCACGGGCCACACUAUCCAGGGCCAGUUUUGUGACUACUGUAACUCUGGGGAUCCCAAUAAAGCCCACCCAGUAACCAAUGCAAUUGAUGGGACUGAACGCUGGUGGCAAAGCCCUCCUCUGUCUUUGGGCUUACAGUACAACAAAGUCAACGUUACCCUGGAUCUGGGACAGCUUUUCCACGUGGCCUAUGUACUCAUCAAAUUUGCAAAUUCUCCUCGUCCUGAUCUCUGGGUCCUGGAAAGAUCAGUAGAUUCUGGAAGAACUUACUUGCCUUGGCAGUUUUUUGCCCACUCUAAAAUAGACUGUUGGGAACAGUUUGGGAAGGAAGCCAACUUGCCUAUCACUGAAGACAAUGAUGUUAUCUGUACCACUGAAUAUUCUCGGAUUGUACCACUGGAAAAUGGAGAGGUUGUGGUUUCUUUAAUAAAUGGUCGUCCAGGAGCAAAAAACUUUACAUUCUCUCCUACUCUGAGAGAGUUUACAAAGGCAACCAAUAUCCGCUUGCGUUUUCUCCGGACCAAUACCCUUCUUGGACACCUGAUCUCUAAAGCCCAGCGAGACCCAACAGUCACUAGAAGGUAUUACUACAGCAUAAAGGACAUCAGCAUUGGUGGACGAUGUGUCUGCAAUGGCCAUGCAGAAGUGUGCAGGGCCAAAGGUCCUGAAAACCUGUUUCAGUGUGAAUGCCAGCACAAUACCUGUGGGGAAAGCUGCGGUCACUGCUGUGCUGGCUACAACCAGAAGCGGUGGCAGCCGGCAACUGCUGAGAGAACCAAUGAGUGUGAAGCUUGCCACUGCCAUGGUCAUGCCACGGACUGUUACUAUGAUCCUGAUGUUGAGAGGCUUAAUGGAAGUUUGAAUAUUCAUGGUGUUUAUGAAGGUGGAGGGGUCUGCAUUAAUUGUCAGCAUAACACAGCUGGUGUAAACUGUGAAAGGUGCGUUCAAGGUUAUUACCGUCCUUACAACGUUCCAGUAGAAGCACCCCAUGGCUGUAUGCCCUGCAGCUGUAACCCUGAAUAUACAGAUGGCUGUGAACAGGGCACAGGUCGCUGCUUUUGCAAGUCGAAUUUCCAUGGGGAGAACUGUGAGCGCUGCGCAGAAGGAUUCUACAACUUCCCAUUUUGCCAGCGAAUUCCUUUCCAUCCUGUUUCUACUCCAAGACCAGACAUUUCUACUGCUGCUAGUGAAAUAAAAGGUGUUUGUCCACCAGGAUUCUUUGGACCUCAGUGCCAAGCUUGUCAGUGCUAUGGCAUAGGAGCAUUGCCUGGUGACUGUGAUAGGGAGACUGGACAGUGCUUCUGUCAACCUGGAUUUCGUGGUUUCUCUUGUGAGGAGUGUGCUGUUGGAUAUUUCCACUACCCCUUCUGUCAGAGAUGCGAAUGUAAUUCAGUCGGCGUUGUCUCUGAAAUAUGUGAUUUCCAGGGAAAAUGUCUUUGCCGCUUUGGAGUUGAUGGCCCUAAGUGUGACAGCUGUAGUUCAGGAUUUUACUCUUUUCCUGCUUGUCAGGAGUGUAACUGUGACCCGCUUGGCUCCCAGGAUGGUGCUUGUGGACCCAGAGGCCAGUGUCGGUGCUAUCCCAAUUAUGCUGGCCUGAGCUGCAACCAGUGUGCUCCUGAGUACUACAGCUACCCUAGCUGCUUUGCUUGUCAGUGUUCACCCCUUGGUUCAUACCAGACUACGUGUGAUCCAGUCACUGGGCAGUGUGAAUGCCGACCAGGGAUUACAGGACAGCUCUGUGAUCAGUGCCUUUCAGGAGCCUAUGAUUUCCCUCACUGCCAAGGUUUCAGUAAUGAAUGUAACCCUGUUGGUACUAUCGACUCCAGUUCUGGGUAUUGCCAGUGCCAACUUUAUGUCAAAGGUCCUACCUGCAGCAUCUGCAAGCCAUUAUACUGGAAUCUGGCAGGCGAAAACCCUGAUGGAUGUUCAGCAUGCCAGUGUGACGUGACUGGAACAUUAAGUGGGGUUGGAGAAUGUGAGCAGAGAAAGGGUGAAUGUUACUGUAAGCCUCAUGUCUGUGGUAGUUCCUGUAAUAUGUGUGAAGAUGGCUAUUUUGGUCUGGAAGACAGCAGUUACUUUGGGUGCCAAGGGUGCCGGUGUGACAUUGGGGGAUCUGUCAACCUUAUGUGCAAUGACCUUUCCGGAGCCUGCCAAUGUAGGGAACAUAUUGUGGGCCCGUCGUGCCAACAGCCGGAAGACAAUUAUUAUUUCCCUGAUUUACAUCACAUGAAGUUUGAAAUUGAAGACGGCAUGACACCUAAUGGAAGAGAGGUUCGAUUUGGCUUCAGUCCUUCAGAGUUCCCCAAUUUCAGUUGGCGGGGCUAUGCGCAGAUGACCCCAGUACAGAAUGAAGUGAUGAUAAGAUUGAAUGUGGACAAAUCAAAGCAAUACUUAUUUCGUGCCGUUCUGAGAUAUAUUAACCCUGGAACUGAAACGGUGUUUGGUCACAUGACUACUUAUCGGUCUCGGUCUAAAGCAGGUACUAUUCAAAGCAAAGAGAUUGUCUUCCUGCCUAGCAAGGAACCAGCUUUUGUCACUGUCUCAGGAAAUGGUUUUGCAGAUCCAUUUUCCCUCACUCCAGGAACAUGGACCGUUAGUAUAAAGGCCGAGGGCAUCCUUCUGCAAGAACACCAAGAAACUGGAGACUCUCCCAAGGAGGGCAGCCGUGCUGAUGAAGGGUUCAUACUCUAUGAAGUUUGCUUCCUCUGCCGGAGUUUCGUGGUGGACGACCUGAACCGCGUUGCCGUGUAUGAACUCUUAGCAGACGCAAAGAUCCAGCUGAAGGCACACUUGGCCCAUUUCCUUCUGCACCAAUUUUGUAUUAUACCGGUGGGAGAAUUCUCUACAGAAUAUGUGAAACCCAGUGUAUACUGCAUUGCCAGUUAUGGGCAACUUGUUAAUCAAAGUUCCUCCUGUGUCCUUUUAGCACAUGAAACUCCUCCAACGGCAUUAGUUUUGGACGCACUAAGUGGUGGAAUGCUUCCCUUCGUGCCCCAGGAUCCCUCACCUUCUGAAUCUGUGUUCCAGGGCAUCAUCCUGAAGUCACCACAGAAUCAAGUUACCUUGACUGGAAGAGUGCCACAGCUGGGCCAGUAUGUCUUCAUUGUCCAUUUUUGUCAGCCAAAUCAUCCCACAUUUCCUGCACAGGUGGUUGUAGAAGGAGGGCAGCUGUGGUCAGGUUCUUUCAGUGCCUAUUUCUGCCCUCAAGUGUUUGGCUGCCGGAACUUGGUGAUUGCAGAGAGCCAGACUAACCUUAACCUCCAUGAACCAGAAUUCUCAGUGACUGUGAAGGUUCCAGAUGGAAAAUCCUUGAUGCUGGGCCAGGUCCUAGUUGUUCCAGCAGAGAACUAUGACUACCACAUGCUUCACAAGAAGUCAGUAGACAAAUCGUUUGACUUUAUCAAUAAUUGUGGAGGAAACAGUUUUUAUAUUGACCCUCUGACGUCAUCGAGAUUCUGUAAGGACUCUGCCCGCUCCCUGGUUGCCUUCUAUAACAACGGAGCCCUACCUUGUGAUUGUCACACGAUGGGGGCCGUCAGCCCUGUGUGUAACCCAGAGGGGGGACAGUGCCAGUGUCAGCCUAAUGUCAUUGGUCGUCAAUGUACCCGAUGUCAAACCGGCUACUAUGGUUUUCCAUUCUGCAAAUUGUGCCGCUGCGGCCAGCGCCUUUGUGAUGAAAUGACUGGAAAGUGCAUCUGUCCUCCUCGCACAGUCAAGCCACAGUGUGAAGUAUGUGAGAAGCAGUCCUUCAGUUACCACCCAUUGGUUGGGUGCAAAGGCUGCAACUGCUCCAGGAUAGGGGCUGUAAGUGCCACAGCCCCAGAGUGUGACAGAAACAAUGGACAGUGCAGAUGCAAACCCAGAAUAAUAGGACGUCAGUGUGAUCGCUGUGCUUCUGGGUUUUACCAUUUCCCUGAAUGUAUUCCUUGCAAUUGCAACCGAGAUGGGACUGAGCCAGGCAUCUGUGAUCCAUGGACAGGUGUAUGCCUUUGUAAGGAAAAUACAGAAGGUGCAGAAUGUAAUAUUUGCCGGAAGGGGUCAUUUUACUUGGACCCCACCAAUCCAAAGGGAUGUACCAGCUGCUUCUGUUUCGGAAUAAGCAACCACUGUCAUAGUACAAAUAAGCGGAGGGCUAAGUUCGUUGACAUGAUAGGUUGGCGCCUGGAGACAGCAGAUCAAAUGGACAUCCCUGUCACGUUCAACCCAGGCAGUAACAGUGUGGUUGCUGAUGUUCAGGAGCUUCCUUCCUCGAUCCACAGCGUGUACUGGAUUGCACCACCAUCCUAUUUGGGGGACAAGGUUUCUUCAUACGGUGGCUUCCUGACUUACCAGGUAAAAUCUUUUGGCCUCCCCAGUGAAGGCAUGAUUCUCCUGGAGAAGAGACCUGAUGUGCAGCUUUCGGGACAGCAAAUGACUAUCGUCUACAUGGACCCAAACAACCCCCUGCCAGACCGACGGUAUUAUGGACGAGUUCAACUGGUUGAGGGAAACUUCAGGCAUGUCAGCAGCAAUAACCAGGUAUCUAGAGAAGAGCUGAUGAUGGUCCUGUCUAGACUGGAUGGCUUACACAUCAGAGGCCUUUAUUUUACUGAGACUCAGCGGUUAACCCUAGGUGAGGUGGGUCUGGAAGAAGUCACCAGUACAGGAAGUGGAAGCAUCGCAUACAAUGUAGAGAUAUGUUCCUGCCCCCCUGACUAUACUGGUGACUCAUGCCAGGGUUGCAGCCCUGGAUAUUAUCGGGACAACAAGGGUUUCUAUACAGGACGGUGUGUUCCUUGCAAUUGUAAUGGACAUUCGAAUCGGUGCCAGGAUGGCUCAGGAAUCUGCAUUAAUUGUCAACAUAACACUGCUGGUGCGAACUGUGAGCGAUGUAAGGAGGGUUACUAUGGAGAUGCCCUCCAGGGUUCCUGUCGGGUCUGCCCAUGCCCUCACACAAACAGUUUUGCUACUGGCUGUGUUGUGAAUGGGGGAAAUGUGAAAUGUUCCUGCAAACCUGGCUACGUGGGAACCCAGUGUGAAAGAUGUGCACCAGGAUAUUUUGGGAAUCCCCAGAAAUUUGGAGGUAGUUGCCAACCAUGCAACUGCAAUAAUAACGGCCAGUUAACCAGCUGUGAUCCACUGACUGGAGAUUGUAUCAAUCAGGAACCCAAAGAUGGAGGCCCUGAAGAAUGUGAUGACUGUGAUAGCUGUGUGAUGACUCUCCUGAAGGACCUGGGAACAAUGAGCGAUGAGCUUAGACUGGUCAAAUCUCAGCUCCAGAGUACCACUGCAAGUGCUGCCACUCUGGAGCAAAUGAAGCACUUAGAAACCCAGACCAAAGACCUGAGGAAUCAUUUGCUCAACUACCAAUCUGCCAUUUCAAGUCGUGGAUCAAAAGUAGAUGCCCUGGAAAAUGACCUGAACAGUCUGAAUCAGGACUUUGAGACCCUGCAGGAAAAGGUGCAGAUUAAUUCAAGGAAAGCACAGACAUUAUAUAACAAUGUUGCUCAGACAAACCAAAAUGCAAAACAGCUGGACACCAAGAUACAAAAUGCCGUCAGAGAUGUUCAUGUUCUCCUGAAACAGAUCUCUGGGACAGAUGGUGAUGGAAACACCUUGCCCUCGGGUGACUUUUCCAGGAAGCUGGCUGAAGCUAACCGUAAGAUGAAGGAGAUGAGAAAUCUCGACUUCAGAGAGCAACUGAGAAAAGCAGAAGCUGAAAAAAGGGAGGCCCAACUCUUGCUGAAUCGUGUUCAGAGUAGCCUGAAAAACCACCAGGCAGAGAACCAGGAACUUGUGAAAAUUGUACGAGAUUCCCUAAAUGAAUAUGAAGCCAAAAUCAAUGACCUCCGCAAAGCUCUGCAAGAAGCGACCCUCCAAACAAAGCUGGCCAAUGGUCUCAACCAAGCUAAUGAUCGAGCCCUGGAAGACAUUAAGAGACGGAUUAAUGAAAUGAGCGCCCUACAAAGUGAAUUCACUAAGUAUCUCACCACUGCUGAAUCAUCUUUGUCACAGACCAACAAUGUUCUUCAACUGAUGAAGAAAAGCCAAGAGGGAUAUGAGAAAUUAGCAUCCAGUUUAAACGAAGUAAGGCAAGAGCUGAGUGACAAAGUGAAGGAUCUUUCCCGAUCAUCUAGCAAAGAAGCUCUAGUGGUGGAGGCAGAGAAUCAUGCCCAGUCACUGCAGAAGUUAGCAAAGCAAUUGGAAGAAAUCAAGAGGAACACCAGUGGUGAUGAGUUGGUGCGCUGCGCUGUGGAUGCUGCCACGGCCUAUGAAAACAUCAUCAAUGCAGUGAAAGCAGCUGAGGAUGCUGCCAACAAGGCAGUGAGCGCAUCAGACUCUGCCCUACAGACCGUGGUGAAGGGAGACCUACCUGGAAAAGCCAAGAUAUUGAGCUCCAACAGUGAUAAGCUACUAAGGGAAGCAAAGACUACACAAAAUAGAUUGCAUCAAGAUAUCACUCCAGCUCUGGACAGCCUGCGGGACACUUUGGACAUUGUCACAACAAAGAAAGGCUUGAUACAAACAGACCUCACUGCCAUCCAAGAUGAUCUUCGUAGAAUCAAUAGAGAUGACAUUGAUAGAAUGACCAACAAUGCAAAGAGUUUGAUCAGAAGUGCAAGUGACAUCACAAACAGUGUGCUGGAUGGUCUGAACCCAAUUCAGACAGAUGUAGAAAGAAUUAAGGACACCUAUGGAAGCGCACGGAGCGAAGACUUUAAUGAGGCUCUGAGUGAUGCAAACAAUUCAGUGAAGAAAUUAACCAGCAAGAUACCUGAUCUCUUAAGCAAGAUUGAAAGCAUCAACCAACAGAUCUUGCCACUGGGCAACAUCUCUGACAAUGUGGAUCGAAUAAGAGAGCUCAUUCAGCAAGCCAGAGAUGCUGCAAAUAAGGUUGCUGUUCCAAUGAGGUUCAAUGGCAAGUCUGGUGUUGAGGUUCGACUGCCAAAUGACCUUGAAGAUUUGAAAGGGUAUACAUCUCUGUCUUUGUUUCUUCAAAGACCUGAAUCCAGAGACGAUGGUGGGGAUGAAGACAUGUUUGUGAUGUACUUGGGCAAUAAAGAUGCCUCGAAGGACUAUAUAGGAAUGGCAGUAAGAGAUGGCAAACUUGUUUGUGUCUAUAACUUGGGAGACCAGGAAGCUGAAACCCAGAUGGACUCAAUUUUGACUAAGAGUGUAACUCAAGAGGCAAUUAUGGAUCGAGUGAAAUUCCAAAGGAUCUUCCAGUUUGCAAAGCUCAGCUACUUUAAAGAAGCCACAUCCCAUAAGCCAAAACCUCCUGAUUUCUAUGACAUGGAUAGUGGGAGUGGCGAUAUUCUUCUCAAUUUGGACCCUGAAAAUGUUGUCUUUUAUGUCGGAGGCUACCCACCCAAUUUCAAGCUUCCUCGUGAACUAAAAUACCCUCCCUACAAAGGCUGCAUUGAAUUAGAUGACCUCAAUGAAAAUGUUUUAAGCCUGUACAACUUCAAAAAGACUUUCAAUCUCAAUACCACAGAAGUGGAGCCCUGUAGAAGGAAAAAGGAGGAGUCCGACAAAAAUUAUUUUGAAGGCACAGGCUACGCACGGGUUCCAACCCAACCCAGCACUCCUUUUCCAAACUUUCUACAGACAAUUCAGACCACUGUAGACGAGGGCUUAUUGUUCUUUGCAGAACACCAGGAUUUCUUCAUAUCUCUAAGUAUGGAAAAGGGAUCUCCUGUGUUGCGAUACAAACUAAAUUCAAAUCCUCCGGAGGAAAAAAGAAAUCGAGUCAUCAUAAAUGAUGGAACAGAUCAGAUGAUUACAAUCAGGAUGGGGAAAAUGCAAAAGCUUCUACGAGUAACUGUGAAUCAAUCAAUCAUUGAAGGUCGAGGUGAAAUUUUCAAUUUUGACACCUAUUAUCUUGGAGGAAUUCCACUCUCACUCCGGGAAAAGUUUAACAUAUCCACUCCUGCUUUCCGAGGCUGCAUGAAAAAUCUGAAGAAAACCGUUGGGGUUGUUCGGUUGAAUGAUACCGUAGGAGUCACCAAAAAGUGCUCAGAAGACUGGAAGCUUGUACGGACCGCAUCACUCUCCAGAGAAGGACAGCUAAGUUUCAUUGACGUGGGGCUGCCUAACCCCAACAACUUUCAGUCUUCGUUUGGGUUUCAGACCUUUCAACCCAAUGGCAUGUUAUUAAGACACCAAAUAGGGACAAAUACCCUACAAAUCUCUCUGGAAGAUGGUUACAUCGAAUUAAGCUCUAGAGAUCGGGGCACUAUUCUGAAAUCUCGCCAGACAUAUAUGGAUGGUUUAUUGCAUUAUGUGUCUAUAAUAAAAGAUGAUACUGGACUAAGUCUUCUGAUUGAUGACAAGUCUCAAAGAGACGACCAAAGGCUGCGGAUAUUCCCAGACUCACAGCAAUCCCUACGCUUUGGUGGGAGUGAUUUUGAAGGAUGUAUCACUAAUGUGUUUUUCCAGAGGUUAGCACAGAGUCCUGAGGUUCUCAAUUUAGUCAGUCAUACUCGGAGGGAAAAGGAAAAGGUGUCCCUAGGAGUCUGCAACUUAAAUAAACCACCUUUUCUCCUGCUGCUGAAAAACUCAGCAAAGAUCAGCACACCCAGGGCAUUCAACAUUGAUAGGCUACAAGGGGAUAUGCGUCCUGCCUCCCUGAUGAAGAAAGAAGUUCAGACAAACACCCAGCACUGCCUUGAGUCGACUCAGUCCCAGACUUCUAAAGGAGCUUAUCAGUUUGGAGACAGUCCCACCAGCCACUUGGUGUACACCUUCCCUAAUGAGAUGCUGAAAGACAGUUACAGGUCACAGUUUGCUGUGGAUAUGCAGACAACUUCUAGUGCUUCAGGACUGAUGUUUUUUGUGGGGAGUAAGAGCUCCUCCUCUAUGGUGCUUUACAUGUCAAAGGGACGUAUUAUCUUCUUGGUGAGGGCAGAAGGAAAGAAAUUAAGACUGAAAACCAAAGAGAAAUUCGAUGAUGGGAAGUGGCACACGGUCAUGUUUGGGCAUGAGGGAAGGAAAGCCCAUCUUGUCAUAGAUGGUCUAAAGGCCCAGGAAGGAAGCUUGACUGGAAAUUCUAUCUUUCCUGUCAAACCGAUGUUGAUCUACCUGGGGGCCUCUCCUAGGGUGAAACUGAAGAGCCUCCCCAAAAGCAGUUUUGUGGGAUGCCUGAGGAACUUUCAGUUGGAUGGAAAGGCCUUGGACACCCCCUCUCAAAACUUUGGGGUAACCCCCUGUUUGGGUGGCCCUCUUGAGAAAGGGGUGUAUUUCUCCCAAGAAGGAGGGCACAUCAGCUUUGAUGACUCCUGGAUGCAGGGAGAGGAAUUUAAAAUAGUUGUCAGCAUUCGUCCAAGAAGCCUCAGUGGAAUCUUAAUGCAUUUUGGAAGACAAGCUGGGAAGCAUUUAAGUGUUUAUAUGGAGGAAGGAAAGGUCAUUGCUUCUGUGGACAGUGGGGCUGGUGAGAUGCUGAUAUCAGUUGCACCAAAGCAGUCUCUAUGUGAUGGACAGUGGCACUCUGUGGCAGUCAUUCUAAAGGAGAAUUUGCUGCAGCUCGACGUGGACACAGAUAGCCGUUACAAGACUGGAGAGCUGCCUAGCCUGCUGGCCAGCAUCCAGCAGCCUUUGUAUUUGGGAGGCAUUCCAGCCAACUUGAUGACGCUGAGGCUGCCUGUACAAAAACCCUUCUUUGGCUGCCUAAAGAAGGUCACGAUCAACAACGUAGCUGUCUCUGUCACCAAGGCCUCAGAAGUCCAGGGAGCUGUCAGUCUGAAUGGCUGUCCUGUCCACUAACUCUAACCAAUGAUGUGCAUAAUGAGAAAGCCCUUGGAAUGAAAGCUUGAUAGCUAUGGAUAGAGCCGUCCAAGGUCCUGAAUGGCAUGGAAUUCACCUUCUUGAAUACUGACUCCAAGAUACACACAUUUUCCACUCUUUUCAAAAUAAUUCCUGAAUCAAAAUGUUGUCCAAAGUAACUUAACGGCCAAUCUCAUGCUUAUUGAGGGCCCCAUACAUCCCUCUCUUAUUGGCAUUGUACAAAUCUUUGACAUUCAUGUGUAUUUUAUAUAAAAAUGUUGUUUAUUUGUAAAGAUGAGCAAAAUACUGUAUGUUUAUAAAAUAGAACAUAAUUUCUUAUUUGUUAAAAAAUAACAUUAAUGGAAAUUGAAGCACUUUAAAGUGAAAUUUUGGCACAUGUUACACAAGGUCAUAAUUUAUGGGGCCAAAUAAAUGCAACAUACCCUUCCAGUUUUCUGAUGUUUUACAUAACAUUAGCACAAAAUUAUACCAGAAAGAUCUAAUUGUACUAAUUUGUAUGCUUACUGUUCAGUAGUUUACCUGUAACAAAUACAUGACUUUGUGUCAUAAGACUCUCAGGACCCUAAGGACAUU